AUGUCGGUCUUUGGCUUGAAACGUAUGUUCGAUCAGAAGCUCAACCCGCCCAAGCCCGUGACCGAGUCCUUCGCUUCUCGCACAAUUCUGUUGACAGGCGCCACGUCAGGAUUAGGACUGGAGGCUGCCAAAAAGAUUGCGGCGCUUCACGCCGACAGACUCAUCAUUACAGCACGAACUGAAGCAAAGGGUCAGGCCGCGAAGAAGGAGAUCGAAGACUUUGUCAAAGCCGGUGCGGGAGCUACGGUGGCCAACAAGACUGAAAUCAUUCCCAUGGUGCUCAACAUGGGCUCCUUCGCUGAAGUUCGAAACUUUGCAGAGACGCUCAAAUCCAGAUUCCCAGCCAUCGACGGCGCAAUCUUGAACGCCGGGAUGUUGAACGGGAAAUAUAUCCAGAGCAAUGACGGUUGGGAGGAGACGCUCCAAGUCAACACCCUCAGCACGUUCCUGCUGGGCAUUCUUGUCUUACCACUUCUCAUUGCCGCAGCAGACUCGGGCAACAAUAAAGACUACAAGCCCCACCUCACAUUCAUAUCCUCUGGCACUGCCUGGAUAAUCAAGCCGGAGCAGAUGAAGACAUUUAUCGCCAGCGAAACGCCUCUGGAGGACCUGAGUGCGCAACAGAAUUUCCCUCCAGGGAUUGCUGGUGGAGCAACACAAUACGGCAGGUCCAAGCUGGUGCUCGAGUACGCAGUUCGUCACCUCGCUGCGUCACCUGCCGUCCAGGGUGCUGGUGGCAAGCCCAAAGUCAUCAUCAACACUACCUGCCCGGGCAUGUGCAAAAGCGACCUGGGACGCAAUGUGGCUACCAACUUUUUAAUCAGGUUCAUCCAGUGGCUCUUGCACAGCAUCUUCUCUCGAACGGCCGAGCAGGGUGCCAAUUCCUACCUCGCAGCCCUGGUCCGCGGCGAGGAAACACAUGGGGAGAUGUGGAAGAAUGAUCGAGUAUUUGAGCCAGGCCCGAUGCUGAAGACCGAAGAGGGAAGGGCGUUUGGUGAAAAGGUAUGGAGCCAAGUACUGCCGGUCAUCCUCAAAGCGGAUUCCAGCACGAAGGCUUUCUUUGGUUGA